AUGCCGGACAUUGGCGGAAUGAUUCGAAACCUAUCUCUCCCAGUGACCUUACCCCUGCCUCGAAUCGCCGCUCACUCAUCGAUGGGUCGCCUUAGCACCUUGCCGACCGAACUAAUGAUAUUCUCAACCUCCUCGGCUUCUGUCUUGUCUCUACUAUCUCGAGCUUCCUCCAGCGCAAAGGAGACGGUGGAGGCGUUCCCCCCAUCUCAGGAGUUCCUCGAGCAUGCACCAGACGUGCUGACUGCAUUGGACAAAACCCAACCAAUACAACACCAUUCAGCUGCGCUACUUCAACAGGUGCUUCGGUCGAAACGUGCGUACACUGCUUCGAUUUCGGCGCCUUUCUCUUCUUCCCGACCUGCAAACGGGUAUACUUCUAGUCUCUUCACGAGAAUCAUGCCUUGCGCAUGA